AUGCCUCCUAGUGGUAAUAGCUCCAGUACCAACAAGCACCGCCCCAAACUGGGUCAUGAUCACAGUCAUAGCAACAGUAGUGAUGAAGUACACCAUCUAGGACCUGCCGUGCCCGUUACAACCACUCCUCCGGCUCCACCGGUCAUAGAUGUUGAUGCUCAUCACCUGGAUGUGCAACUGUCCCCGUAUCUAAUCAACCUUAGUGAAGAUGAUGACGAUGACGAUAUCAAGCUCUUGGAGAUCCGGAACGACACCAAUGAUCUACUCAACAACACCCACCCGCUUGUCACCAAGAAACUCAGCGAUGUCCAGUGUCCUAUUUGCUUUGACGAUAUCACCAAAGCCACCGCCACCUCGUGCGGACACAUCUUCUGCCUCGAAUGUAUCCAGAAGAGUGUCGCCAGUUCGAACGCCAGAGGUCAGACGAGGGGGAAGCGAGGUGUGGGGUUGUGUCCUUUGUGUCGGAAACGAGUAGUGUUUAAGGAUACGGUGGUGAUGAGGAUGAAGGUGAGAAUGAAGCAAGUGAAGCCUCCACCAGUUUAA